CGCCACUUCUCCACCGUCGACCGCCAAGUCGCAGAUCGCCGGAACGGCGUUCAUUUCCCUUACUUUUGGCCGCAAUCACUGUUCCCUACUUCAUCACUUAAGUGUAAUCUUGAAGUGGUGGAUCCGUAGAAGUAGAACAGAGCUAUUGAAUCUUAACCAUGAGAAGAGCUGGAUUUCAUAGGCCGCAUGGUAGGCACGGAGGAGGGUCAGGAUUCAAGGGGAUGAUUGUGAAGUUGUCGAUUGCUGCUGUGGUGCUCUUGAUCUGCACGCUCUCCUUGUUCUACUCGUCAACAGGAACUGCAAAUGUUCAAUCCAAUUAUCGCACCGAGAUUCGUUUAGAAGAACUUUGGAGCAAUGCUGAUUCCGGUGGUUGGCGGCCAUCAUCCGCUCCCCGAACUCAUUGGCCCCCUCCUCCGAUCGAAAGCAAUGGCUAUUUGCGUGUUCGAUGUAAUGGUGGUCUAAAUCAGCAGCGCAGUGCAAUCUCUAAUGCUGUUCUUGCUGCACGAAUCAUGAAUGCUACACUAGUGCUACCUGAGUUGGAUGCAAACUCCUUUUGGCAUGAUGACAGUGGUUUCCAUGGAAUCUAUGAUGUUGAGCACUUCAUUAAUACACUGAGGUAUGAUGUAAAGAUUGUUGAAAGCAUUCCAGAAAAUAAAAAAAACGGCAAAAAGAAGAAAAUAAAGGCAUUUCAGCUUCGACCCCCUAGAGAUGCUCCUAUAAGUUGGUAUACUAAUGAUGCUCUCAAGAAAAUGAAGGAACAUGGUGCCAUCUAUCUUACUCCCUUUUCACAUCGAUUAGCCGAAGAAAUUGACAAUCCUGAGUACCAAAGGUUGAGGUGUAGAGUUAAUUAUCAUGCUUUAAGAUUCAAGCCACAUAUCAUGAAGCUAAGUCAAUCAAUAGUGGAUAAGCUACGUGCAAAAGGUCCCUUCAUGUCUAUACAUCUUCGGUUUGAGAUGGAUAUGUUGGCAUUUGCUGGAUGUUUUGAUAUAUUUACUCCUGAGGAGCAAAAGAUAUUGAAGAAAUAUCGAGAAGAAAAUUUUGCCCCUAAAAGACUUGUCUAUAAUGAAAGAAGGGCCAUUGGAAAAUGCCCAUUGACUCCUGAGGAGCAGGUUGGUCUUAUUUUGCGUGCAUUGGGUUUUGACAAUUCUACCAGGAUAUACCUAGCAGCUGGUGAAUUGUUUGGUGGGGAUCGAUUUAUGAUGCCAUUUCGAAGUUUGUUCCCCCGACUCGAGAAUCAUACUUCUGUGGAACACUCUGAAGAGCUUGUCGAGAACACUAGGGGAUUGGCAGGUUCUGCUGUGGACUACAUGGUCUGUCUUCUUUCUGACAUUUUCAUGCCAACAUAUGAUGGCCCAAGCAACUUUGCAAAUAACCUCCUUGGACAUCGCCUUUAUUAUGGUUUCCGGACUACAAUCAGACCUGAUAGGAAAGCUCUUGCCCCUAUCUUCAUUGAUAGGGAGAAUGGGCGGAUGACUGGUUUUGAGGAAGCUAUUAGGAAAGUCAUGCUUAAAACAAAUUUUGGUGAGCCUCAUAAGCGUGUGUCUCCAGAGUCUUUCUAUACUAAUUCUUGGCCUGAAUGCUUCUGCCAAACAUCUGCAAGGAACCCUGCAGACAAAUGUCCACCAAAUGAUAUUUUAAAUACUCUGAACAACGAAUUAGAGAAAGAAGCAACAGACACAAAUUCUACAAUAUCGUCAGCAGAAAGAUAAGAGUUACUUGUGGCUUUGGGCUAAUGGUUCUUUUACUCCGCAGUAAUGAACUGCUGUGGUCCAAAUUGAAAAGGAAUGAGCUCCAAUUACUAGAUCCAGAGUUUCAGGGGAUCGUCUUUUUGUCUCAAACUAUUUUGUCUACUGAGGGAAUAAUAUAGUUAAAUUCAAGGCGUUCUAUUUGCCUUCAGUUUCGUGUAGACAAUAGAAGAGGAUCGCAUGGAUUGGAUAGAGAGCUGGCGAUGUGACUUGAGUUAUACGAAAGUUACUUGGGAAAGGAUGUAUGAGAUAGGCACUUCUAGUUACUUGGGAAAGGAUGAAAACUCUGGCAGAUUUAUGUUAGAAAUUUGGAAUGCUGAAAAUUAACAGAUGUGUUAAAUUUAUGCUUUGUUUUAUUUAUUUAAUUUAUUUUGGUCGGGGAUAAAAUGGCCUUUGUUCAUUAGGGAUAAAGACUAAAA